UGUACGCAGAGGGGACGUGCAAGGCCCAGCCGGCAAAGCCCUGUGGCUCUUGCGAAACAUGCCGGGCACCUCUGUCUUUCCGCCAAUGUCGCUGAGGGGGCAGUGGUCCAGUCCGUCCCCAUGAAGAUGGUGCAGCCAAUGGCUCGGGGAGGUGAUCGCCAGGAGGUGCGAUUUUCGCAGACGCGGCCGGCGCAGCAUGCGGAAAAUCAAUACGAGGGCCUGUUCAAAGGGAUGGGCGCCACCUCGAAGGAGGUCAUUUGCAGCAAGAAGGCCUCCCAGACCAAGAGGCUUCAUGAAGCUACCCACUUUGCCAUUGGUUGCCAGAAGUGGGACGAAAACACUCGGGGCGCAUCGGUGAGCCACUCCACCUUUGUUGACCCGGAGGUGGUCUACGCCACCUGCGACGCUCCUGAUAAGAACAUGAGCGUCGUGGAGCUGAGGCAGCAGGCCUUCAAGCCGGAGACGCACUAUCGCACCGAGCAGCGCGACCGGUUUGAAGAUCCCGGGCCACAGCCUCCGAAUGACACCCUGACUCCUCCAGUGACCGUGCACCUAGGAGACGACAGGCCGAGCUAUGCGCUCCAGUCGCACUCUGUGCACAGGCGGAUGUUCGACACCGAGGACCACCAGCAGGCGAAAGCCUUGCGCGCAGCUGGCUCUGGCGUGCUGAUCCCUACAUCUGUUUGGCCAAAGCCUGUGCGCUGCAACCCAGUGACCGGUGGUCCUCGAAAUGUGGACAUCUAUGACCUGGGCGUGGCCGGCGGCGUGCGGCAUGACCGCGUCAGCCAGAACAGCUCGACCAUCGUCCAGGAGGCCCACGUGCGGAAUCCGAUCUCUGGGACCGUGAGCUACAUGGCAGAGUACGGCAACCCCCGGGGCCAGCUCGCCAGGAGCACCCAGGAAAUCGUGGAGCAGGCGAACCAGACCGUGCCACCCUUGCGAUCCCUUGCCGCUGUUCGGCCUCACUGUUGAGAGUUUCACUGCGUUCGGAAUGCUGCGAGUCUCACCAAGCUCGCUUAAACAGACGCCUCUUCCAUCCGGCUUUCUAAAGCGUUUUACAGCUGGGAUUGGGUGCACCAGGCUGCCAAGGGUCGAUUGCCGUGUGUCAAG